AUGCCUACGCAGUUGCGUGUGGCCGUCGUGCAGUUUGCUCCCAAGCUCGGCCAAGUGCAAGCCAACAUUGCCAAGGCUCGAGAAUUAUGCAAUAGGUUGAAGCCCAGAUCUAUUGAUCUCCUGUGUUUUCCGGAGAUGGUUUUCUCCGGUUAUGUGUUUCCUGACACAGCUGCUAUCACGCCAUACCUUGAGCACCCAUAUACAGGGCCCACAUCCACCUUUUGCGCGGAGCUAGCACGCUCCCUUGGAUGUUUUGUGGCAGCUGGGUAUCCCGAGAAGCUCGAACCACAUGAACACGCCCCUCCACUUGGAGGCGAUAACUUAUCAUUCCAUCAACUUCGCAUCGGUGCAAACAGUGCAGUCAUGUUUGAUCCUACAGGGGAGCGUGUUGGAUCAUAUCGCAAGACCAACCUCUAUAAACUUGAUCUUCCUUGGGCUGUUCCUGGAUCUGGGUUUACGACGAUGACGCUACCUCAUCCACUGGGCCCAACCACACUUGCGAUCUGCAAUGACCUCAAUGUAUCGGGCACGCGGCUUCUGAUACUUCUGAAUGCAUGGUUGCAUCCUGAUGAAAAUGGAGAAGAAUCAGAUGUUGAUUCAUCUUCUGAUUACACAACUCCGGAACAGAAUGAAGAUACAGAUGAGAUGGAGCCAAGUUGGGAAGUAUUGAAAUACUGGGCGAUGCGCUUGAACCCAUUAUGGGCGACCAUCCAGAAGGCAACACAUGAAAACGAGAAGAAACCAGGCGAAUGUAAAAUCCCUGACGAGCUACUGGUGGUUGUUUGCAACCGAUUUGGAAACGAAGGUGGGAGCAGAUUUGCAGGAUCGUCUGUUCUCAUGUCCCUUCGCCGAGGAUCCGGCCGACCGCGACUCUUGCAUAUGAUGGGUCAAAGGGAAGAAGGUAUCGGUCUUUGGACUGCGAACAUGACUGUAUAG